GCAGUGGCAGCUUCAAAUUUGUAAGAGCUCCCCCGAGCGAGAUCGUGACAGCACCGCGUGUCCGCGCCGGAGAGACAUAGCCACACACACCAUGCCUCCCAGGAUACCAAUCUCGCAGGUCGCAGCACGAUGCUGCCGGGCGUCAAUUGAGCGACAGGCCGUCCCGGGGGCCGCGAGCACCCCGCUCGCGUCGCUGUUCGCCGCGCUCUCCAUACAGCAGACGCCCGCACGGCCGGCCACGGCGCAGACGCGGAGCGCAUCCAUCCUCGCCAACCUCCGCGACAACAAGGGGGCGUACAACAAGCGCAUACGGAAAGGCCGCGGUGCUUCUUCCGGCUACGGCAAGACGUCUGGUCGCGGCCACAAGGGUCAGGGGCAGCACGGGCAUGUGAAGCCCUGGUUCCAGGGUGGACAGACGCCGUUGAUCUUCAAGCAUGGUAGGAGGGGAUUUGUGAACCACCGCGCAGAAGUAAUGUCCGAAGUCAACCUCGACCGCCUCCAGGCCUGGGUGGACGCAGGCCGCAUCGACCCGACGAAGCCGAUCACGCCCAAGGAGAUCAUCCAGUCGGGCCUCCUGGGGCGGCCCAAGGACGGCGUCAAGCUGCUGGCGCGGGGCUCGACGGCGCUGCGCACGCCGCUGGAGAUCGUGGUGUCGCGGGCCUCGGCGGCGGCGAUCGAGGCGGUGGAGAAGGCGGGCGGCAAGAUCGUCACGCGGUACUACACCAAGGACUCGAUCGUGCGGCUGCUCAAGGGCCAGAGCGCGCACACGACGGAGCCGCUGCCGGUGGGCGAGGAGCACGUGGAGGAGGUGCUGGAGAAGGCGAGGGCGGGCCCGCACAAGUACAGGCUGCCGGACCCGACGAGCCGUUGGGACAUAGAGUACUACCGCGACCCGGCGCACAGGGGCUACCUGAGCCACCGCCUGAAGCCCGGCGAGAGCCCGUCGUUGUACUUCAAGGUGCCGGGCGAGCAGAUCGCGAAGAAGGCCGUCAAGGCGAAGAAGAAGGAGGAGCAGGGAGACCUGAAGCUGUUCUAGACUUGGGCAUUCCUGGGGUGAAAGCUCGACGUGUAAAUGUAUGGUUCAGGUUAUAAACACUGCAUUCUACUGCCCAUUGCCUGUCAUUGCACCGAGGAGGGUUGAAUUGGGUGAGUGUGCAUUGGUCCUUUCCGCGUGUGAUAUGAAGUCGGAAGUGAGUUAGUUGUUGAAGAUAGGUAACUGUCUAAGUGCUCUGACGAAUCCCACUAAAUUUGGCAUAUUCACUUUAUCAGCCUUGCUGUUGAGCAGACAUUUCAGACUAUAAGCCUAGACACCGAGUGUGACAGUCAGAAUAGUGCAUGUAAGUAGGUUGGCACCCCAGUCGUGCACUCCCCAGCUGGGCAAGGGCGUC